GAUGGAGAUCAAGAGGAAGGAGAAUGAGGCAAGUAGAGUUAAUGAGGAAGCCGUUGAGGCAGCUAGGGCCGCCGAGAGAGAGGCUUUAAUGAAGCUUGGAUACGCGACGGAGGAGGCCAACAAGAACGGAAGGAGGGCUGCGCGGGUGACCGAGCAGCUAGAUGCGGCGCAGGCUGCAAAUUCGGAGAUGGAAGCAGAGUUGAGAAGGUUAAAGGUCCAGUCGGAUCAGUGGAGGAAGGCUGCUGAGGCGGCUGCUGCUAUGCUCUCGACGGGGAACAAUGGGAAGCUCGUCGAGAGGACAGGGUCCCUUGACAGCGCCUACAACCCGAUGGACUCGCCGUACUCAGAAGACAUGGAUGAUGACUCGCCAAAGAAGAAAAAUGGAAACAUGUUGAAGAAGAUUGGUGUUUUAUGGAAGAAGGGCCAGAAGUAGUAGUGGAAACUAAGCAGGCGUUUUGGAGGAUGCAAAAUAAAAAAAAAAAAAAAACUAAGCUCAUUUUGCAGAUUGUAUAGAGGAGGUGUUAUGUAUUUUGCUUUGGACUUGGGAGAGAAAUGGCAAAGGAUAGUGUAUUUGGUUAUCUUUUUUAGAAUUGCUCCCCAUCAAGGGAAUUAUGUGGAAACAGAAAGAAGCAGUUUUUAGUUCUUGUAUUUGAGAUUGUGAUUUCAACAAGACUCAUAAUAUGUGUACCACUUUUGCCAAUUUCCAUGGUGUAUAAUAAUUAGAUAUGAUGUCCUUUUCUGU